AUGAAUACAACAACUUCCACACAUUUUGUUCCACAGAGAAGGUUUGAAAUCUACGAGCCUCUCAACCAAAUCGGUAUGUGGGAAGAAAGCUUCAAGAACAAUGGAGGAGGCAUGUAUACGCCUAACUCUAUCAUCAUCCCGACAAACGAAAAACCAGACAGCUUGUCAGAGGAUACAUCUCAUGGAACAGAAGGAACUCCUCACAAGUUUGACCAAGAGGCUUCCACAUCCAGACAUCCUGAUAAGAUACAGAGACGGCUUGCACAGAACCGCGAGGCAGCUAGGAAAAGUCGUUUGCGCAAGAAAGCUUAUGUUCAGCAGCUAGAGACAAGCCGGUUGAAGUUAAUUCAUUUAGAGCAAGAACUCGAUCGUGCUAGACAACAGGGCUUCUACGUGGGGAACGGAGUAGAUACUAAUAAUGCUCUUGGUUUCUCAGAUAACAUGAGCUCAGAGCGGUUCUUCUUGUGGAUAGGCGGAUUUAGACCCUCUGAGCUUCUCAAGGUUCUGUUACCGCAUUUUGAUCCUUUGACGGAUCAACAACUAUUGGAUGUAUGUAAUUUGAGGCAGUCAUGUCAACAAGCGGAAGAUGCGGUCUCUCAAGGUAUGGAGAAGUUGCAACAUACAUUAGCAGAUACUGUAGCAGCCGGGAAACUCGGUGAAGGAAGCUAUGUUCCUCAAAUAACUUGUGCUAUGGAGAGAUUGGAGGCUUUGGUGAGCUUUGUGAAUCAGGCUGAUCAUCUGAGACAUGAGACAUUGCAACAGAUGCAUCGGAUCUUAACCACGAGACAAGCGGCUAGGGGUUUGUUAGCAUUAGGUGAGUAUUUCCAACGGCUUAGAGCUUUAAGCUCGAGUUGGGCGACUCGGCAACGUGAACCAACGUAA